AUGUCGGAUCGGAGCCGCACUCCUCGACAAGCCGGCGACGACGCAGACGAACCGCAGCAGCAGCAGGACGUGCAGGCUGACUCGGAUGACGACAUCAUCCACUUCCCUUGGCAGCAAGGACAGAUUCUGGACAGCCGAUACCGCGUGGAAGACCUUCUGGGCGAUGGGGCUUUUGGCCGCGUCUUGCGCGCCACGGACCUGCAGGAUGAGGCGGGUGUCUCCCUGAAGGUCAUCCGAGACGUGGAGAGGUACCGAGAGAACGCCAUGAUCGAGGCCAAGAUCCUCUCCGAUAUUCGAGAAGCAGAUCCGAAUCGGACGUCAUAUUGUGUUAUGAUGUCCGAUACAUUUGUACAUCGUGGCGUUUACUUUGUCAUGGUUUGCGAGCUCCUGGGUGAUUCUUUGUACGAUUUCUUGAAGUGGAAUGGCUUCCGCGGAUUCUGGCUCCAAGAUAUCCAGAACUUCGCCAAACAAAGCCUGAAGGCGCUGAAGUUCUUGCACGAUCUCAGCCUGACGCACACGGAUCUGAAGCCUGAAAAUAUCCUUCUGCAAAGCCGGGAGGUGGCGCUCGUGUCCGUCUUCCCACGUUCCGAGUUCCAGCCACCCUCGGACAGAUACGCGAAUCUUCCUUAUGCUCGACCAGCCAGCAACGCGAUCAAGCUGAUCGACUUUGGGAACGCCACCUAUGUGGACAUGCACCACUCCAGCAUCAUCCAGACGCGGCAGUACCGCUCGCCCGAAGUGAUCCUCCAGAUGGGCUGGAGUGAGAAGGCGGACAUCUGGAGCUUAGGGUGUAUCCUCUUUGAGCUCUACACUGGAAGCGUGCUUUUUGACACACAUCACAGCCCGGAGCAUCUGGGCCUCAUCGAUCGAAUUCUCGGACCUUUUCCGAGCACAAUGCUGGCCCGCGCCGGCGACAAGGCCAAGAAGCGUUUCUUGGCGCCCUCGGGGAAGCGGCUGCUGUGGCCAGAGGCUGCAGAGUCGCCGGAGUCGGAGAGGUACGUCUUUCAGCAGUGGUCGCUGGAGAACCGGGCGCCGCAAGACCAUCAGGCAUUUGUUGCAUUCGUCCGCGACCUCCUCAUCCACGAUCCAAGCAUGCGGCCAGAGGCCGCCGUGGCAUUGUCCUCCGAGUUCUUCAAUCAGGAGUACAAGGAGUGA